AUGUUUUUGGUGACUAAUUCCAUUCAAGUCCACUUCUUCUUCAUCCUCAUGGGCAUCCCUGGCUUUGAGGCAUCCCUGGAUUUCUGUUGUCUCUACAUGGUCUCCAUUGUGGGCAAUACCACCAUCCUGCCUGUCAUCAGGACAGAGCCCUCCCUACAUGAGCCCAUGUACUUGCUCCUCUCUAUGUUGGCUCUAACAGACCUGGGGCUCACCCUCACCACUUUGCCUACAGGCAUGGGACUCCUCUGGUUUAACGCCUUAGAGAUCAGUUUUGAGGAUUGUUUUGCCCAGUUCUUCUUCCUCCAUGGAUUCUCUUUUAUGGAAUCUUCUGUGUUGUUGGCCAUGUCCUUUGACUGCUAUGUGGCCAUCUGCCAUCCCCUCCGUUAUGUCUCCAUCCUCACCAACCGGGUCAUCAGCAGAAGAGGGAUAGCCAUCAUUUUCCGCUGUGUUCUGAUUGUUCUUCCCGCAUUGUUCCUACUGAAACGGCUUCCCUUUUGUGGCUCCCGCCAUCUCUUGCACUCGUACUGCCUUCAUCAAGACAUGAUUCGUCUGGUGUGCGCUGACACCACUAUCAAUAAUUGGUAUGGAUUGAUUACAGCUCUUGUCUUUAUUACAUUGGACCCCCUGCUCAUUGUGGUCUCCUAUGUACUCAUUCUAAGAAGUGUCUUGAGAAUCAGCUCCCAAGUUGAAAAUUUCCGGGCUCUCAAUAACUGUCUGUCCCACAUUCUGGCUGUCCUGGUCCUCUAUGUGCCCAUGGUGGGGCUGUCCAUGACGCACCGCUUUGCCAAGCAUGCCCCUCCAAUUGUACAUGUCAUCCUGGCCAACAUCUGUCUCCUAGCCCCUCCUGUGAUGAACCCUAUUAUCUAUAGUGUUGAAACAAAACAGAUCUGUCAAGGGAUUUGUUACCUCUUUUCUCAUAGACAAUUGCACCAGAGUGUUGAGAAGUAA